AUGUGCCCUGUCUUCCGAACCAGUCACCACACAACCGCUCUGGCCUUUCUCAUCAUAUCUUUGCUCUGUGCACCAACCCUUGCCGCACCAGUCGAAGUGACAACCCCAGCACAGCUACAGCUACCAUCAAGCACAACCGCAUCAGUAACGGCAAAAAGGAACACAAUAUCUGAUGGACCGAUAAAGCAAACUGAUACCAUCGCCGAUAACACGCAUGAGCUCCAGCAGCACCUACUGCCCCGGGGCAACCUCCAGGAGCGCGUCGGCAUAACCCCCGAGUCUACUGGGUCCAUUCCGACGGCCAUACUCGUCGUCGUGGGGUGCGUGAUCGGCAUAGGGGCUGCAAGCAUUGCCGUGUUUGGGUUUGAGUGGAAGAGGUGGGGCCGUGGUUUGACGAGGAAAGAUCACAUCGAUAUUGUUCCUAGAGUCGAGGAGAAAGAAAAUAUUAUCCCAUCAACGGACAAGAAGGGCCAGGCCGGGGAGGACAAAAAGAAUGACAUGAAGUAA